CACCCCUGCAGCUUAGGAGUCCAACCAUGGCCUGUGGUAGAACACUCUGGGGUCUGGUAUUGUGCUGCAUCUUGGCUGGUCCGAGUGCACGAGCCUUGGAGGAUGACCAUGAAGUCUGUUCUGCAGAUUUUGAUUAUAAAAAUGCACUCGACAAAGCCAUCUUGUUCUUUGAAGGACAACGCUCCGGAAAAUUGCCAGCAGGCCAAAGAGUGAAGUGGAGGGGAGACUCUGCACUCUCUGAUGGCAAGCCUGAUAAUGUGAACUUAAUUGGAGGAUACUAUGAUGCCGGUGACAAUGUCAAGUUUGGGUGGCCGAUGGCCUUUACUGUUAGCUUGUUGAGUUGGGCUACUGUUGAGUAUCAGGAAGAUAUAUCUUCCAUCAACCGGCUUGGCUACCUUCGCACAGCAAUCCGCUGGGGUGCCGAUUUCAUUUUGCAUUCUCACACUUCACCCACCACGCUCUACACUCAGGUAGGAGAUGGCGACAAAGAUCAUCAGUGUUGGGAGCGCCCUGAGGACAUGGACACUUACAGAACACUUUACAAGAUCACUUCUAGUUCACCAGGCACCGAGGCAGCAGCUGAGGCUGCUGCUGCUCUUUCUGCUGCUUCAAUUGUCUUUAAAGUGGUUGAGCCUAAAUACUCUGCAAGGUUAUUAAACCAAUCAAAAUCGUUGUUCAAAUUUGCAGACAAUUAUAGAGGAUCUUACACGGGUUCUUGCCCUUUCUACUGCUCUUACUCAGGAUAUCAGGAUGAGCUGCUAUGGGCUGGAACUUGGCUAUACAAGGCAAGUGGAGAUACCAGCUACUUGAACUAUGUCUCGAGCAACGAAGGGUGGAGUCAGGCAGUGUCAGAAUUCAGUUGGGAUAACAAAUUUGCUGGAGCUCAGACACUGCUCGCGAAGGAAUUCUUUGGUGGGAAGAAAAAUUUGGGAAAAUUUAAGAGUGAUGCUGAUUCAUUUAUAUGUGCCUUAAUGCCGGGAAGUAGCUCUUCACAAUUUCAUAUAACCCCUGGUGGCCUUCUGUUUACUAGAGACAGUAGUAAUUUACAGUAUGUCACCAGUGCUUCCAUGGUGCUCUUGAUUUACUCUAAGAUCCUAAAUAGAGCUCACAUUUCUGGUGUCCAAUGUGGCUCUGAGCAUUUCUCCACCUCUCAAGUCAGGGCCUUCGCAAAAUCGCAGGUGGACUACAUACUAGGAAACAACCCUAAAAAUAUGUCAUACAUGGUGGGAUUUGGCAGAAAAUACCCACUGCAGAUACACCACAGAGGCGCGUCCAUCCCCUCGAUCAAAGCUCACCCGGACAAGGUGGGCUGCAAUGCCGGCUAUUCAACCUGGUACUCUUCUACCAAACCAAAUCCAAAUACUCAUGUGGGUGCAAUCGUUGGAGGUCCCAAUUCGAACGACGAGUUCAAUGAUCAGAGAUCGGACUAUUCUCACUCCGAACCUACAACUUACAUGAAUGCAGCUAUGGUAGGUGCUGUGGCUGCUUUGCUUGGUGAAAGCAAAGCAGAAGACUGUCUGCAACUGGUGGAUACUAAUAGAACCAGCAGAGUGUUUGAUGAUGUUUGAUAUAUAUAUAUAUAUAUAUAUAUAUAUAUAUAUAAACUAAAGGUUGAUGUAACUAGCUAGCAUCAACUAUAUAUCCAUGAAAUCAACAAUUACCUAAUUCAUGGCAUUAUUGAUGUAGAAUUAUCUAUAUGAUGUGUAAUAGUAUUUACCAGAAGGGAAUGUGACAAGUUCUCAUUAAGCAAUAAAAAAUUUAUUAAUUCUG